AUGGUGAAGCACAACUUUCUAAAUCUUAAGUCAACAUACACCCCAGCAGAGAUCAUGGAAGAAAUGAGAAACUUGUACGGAAUUAGAAUGAACAACAAAAAAGCAUAUAGAGCCAAAGAAAAAGCACAUGAGCUGGUCAGAGGUUCCUUGCAUGAAUCUUAUGCUAAAUUGCCAGCUUACCUAUACAUGGUAAAGACAAUAAAUCCUGGAUCAUUCACAAGGCUACAUAAAAUGGAGGACAAUCACUUUUUAUAUGUUUUUGUCGCGUUGAGCACAUCAAUUAGGGGCUGGAGAUAUUGCAUGCCUACUAUUGUUGUUGAUGGAACAUUUCUUAAAUCUGCAUACAAGGGAACAGUGUUGUCUGCUAGUGUACUGGAUGCAGCAGGACAUAUUUUGCUACUAGCAUAUGCUGUUGUUGAUUCUGAAAAUGAUACUUCGUGGGAAUGGUUUUUCCGCAUGUUUAACACUACUUUUGGUGAAAGAGAAGGCAUGUGCAUAGUAUCUGAUAGGCAUGACAACAUAUUAAAAGCUGCUGCACUUAAUAACAUCAAGGGUAGAUUUAAGAAGAGUAAAAAGCAACUAAAGGGGCUCUUCUUUACAAUGGCCAGAACGUACAUAAAGGCAGACUUUAAUCGGCUUAUGGAAGACAUAAACAAAGUCGAUAAUAGGGUGAAGGAGUAUCUGUUUGAUAUAGGCUAUGAAAAAUGGUCCAUAGCUCAUGCCCAUGUCAACAGGUUAAUGUUCAUGACUUCAAACAUAGCAGAGUCCUUAAAUUCAGCAAAUAGAGAUGCAAGAGACCUGCCAAUUAAAAAAUUCCUACAGUUUAUGAUGGAUCUGGUCAUAAGAUGGAAUAAUGAGCAUAGACAACAUUCAGAAGCAACAUUUACAGAACUGGGAAACAAAUACAAUAUAAUAAUGAGGGAAAAUCUAAUUCUAUCAAAUAAAAUGAAGGUGAUGGGUUCUACUCACUAUUCUUAUGUAGUCAUUGAUGAAACUGGAAAAGAAACAUUAUUUGCAUGCGUAAAAAAAAAAAGCUCCUGCCUACAAUUUCAAGUAUAUGGCAUACUUUGUCCAUAUGCUAUGGCAGUCCUAACUUACACGCAUAUGGAUUUACAAAGCUAUUGUGCUCCAUAUUACACAAGAGAAAAAUUCUUGAAAGUAUAUGAACUUCCAGUUAUACCACGUCCGGAUGAAACAACUUGGCACAUUCCAAUAGAGAUAUCAACUAAUAUAGUACUACCACCAAUCUGGAAACCAAAACCAGGAAGACCAAAAAAGAACAACCGAGGAAAGGGCAUUAUGGACUACUUUAAGCAACAAAUUUCAUGUGGGCGCUAUGAAAAAAUAGGACACAAUCGAAGAACAUGGGAAAAUGCUCCAACAAGAAUCUAA